UUCGUUCGACGGUAUCAGUGUCCACGACGGUGUUCCGACGGUACGGUCGUCCAUUGCUAACAGUGCGCAAAAAACAGUAUAAUAAACACAGUGCACGCGAGUUUAAGUUCGGAGCGAUCGUAAUUUUUUUUCCGUAUUUUCUUUAUCUACGUGUUUCUUUCUUUGUAAAAUAAUUUAGACUGUUACAAAAAUAAUAUGUGUACAUAAUUCAUCGUCUUAACGUUUUUUCCGAGGAUAUUUCGCACAAUCGAAAUACUUUAGAGUACAAUAAAUCUUAUUGACAUAGAUUUUUUACCAUCGUCAUUUUCGCAGUACAUACCAACGGCAUCGGUUUAGACAUAGCCACAGCUAGAGUACUGCAGUGAAUGGUCGACGGACGCGUUUACGGCGGCGACGCGGCAGGCCUGAAAUGGACAAGUGGCGAUGACCAGCGAGAACGGUCGGACUACGGCGGACGAUGACGCAGUUGCAUCAGUGGACUGCACUGGUCGCGGCUGUGCUGGUAAUCAGUGGCCAGGUGGCCAGUGCUCAAAGUCUGUGCGACAUACCGCAGUGCGAAUGCGAUGACUCCCAGUCGCAAGUUCGGUGCUCGUGCCGCAAAGUGCCUCAUGAAUCGCAGGAUCUCGUGUUGAAAGCUCAAGGACCGGGACACGUGCCACGAGUGGCCGCCAAUGUGAUCGUGACGCAAUGCGAUCGGGUCAAAGUGAUGGCCAUGGCGUUCGACGGGGCAAGGCCACUGUGGACCGUGGAAAUCGAUUCGGUACGCCGGCUCGAAAUGGCUGACGAGGCGUUCGGUUGGUCGGAAAACGGUGUCGGUGGCCCGGGACAGCCGCCACAGCUACAGCACCAUCACCACCAGGGCCUUGCGGUGACCAUAACGAACGUAACAUCAGUGCCGGAGGUGCCCAGCUACGCGUUCCGCGGCCGACUACGGUCGGUCACGUUCAACCGAGUCCGGAUCGACGUGAUCCGGCCGUUCGCGUUCAGCAGCCUGACCGGGACGACGGGCCGGAUCGAGUUCAGGGACACAGUAUUCGGGCAAGUCGACCAACAGGCGUUCAAAAAGUUCGCCGUCAACGAGUUCGUGUUAAAGGGGUGCCAGUUCGAGGGCGCGGCACCCAGCCGCAUGCUCACCGAGAUCACGGUGCACGACGAGCUCCGCCUGGACGACGUGACGUUCUCGGUGGUCCAGAGCUAUGCGUUCCGCGUGCACGGGCCCAAGGUGUUCCGGGUGCAGAACAGCCGGGCGGAUUGCGUGAGGAGCGGUGCGUUCGAGGUCAAGUGCCGCGGGCCCGCGUUCGUAGAAGACAACGCGUUCGGUCGACUGGAGCGCGGCGCAUUCGCCGGGGUCACGGUGGACGCGCACAAGGUGGCUGAGGCCGAUUAUCAGGAAUUCGUGUUUGAGAAUAAUACGGUGGCCGAGUUCGAGGACGACGCGCUGGUAUUCGACACUAACGGAUUCAGGCCACGCAUGGACUGGUUGAUCGUGGGACGGGCGUGCGGGUGCCCGGCCCGGUGGCGCACCGACCUGGUGGCAUUCUCCACGGACUAUCCGCGGAAUACCGACCGUCCCAGUUGGGUGGUCGAGCAGACAGCGUGGUGCGCGACACCGGACGACGACGGCGUCGGCAACUUCGGUCAGCUGAUCAAAGCGCAGCAGUACGACGAGGCGCAUUGCCUGGCGGGCGGUGGACGCGGCGGCGGCCUGAUGAGCCGUUAUUACCUGACUUUCGUGGCCGUGAUGGCCGUGUCCACGCUAACGGCAGCGCUUGUCGGUUGGGCCUGGUACAAGAAGCGCAAACGGGGCCAGUGGACUAACGUGCCGUCGUCGUCGCCGCUCAAGAACCGUUCGAUACUGAAGAACGGCGGUGGAGGCGGUGGAAGCGACAAGCGCAGGCAUGUCAUGGUCAUGCCCGAGGGAAAGACUUACAGAGAAACGGAGUUGCAUGUGAUCGUGGAGCGCACGGGUUCGACGGACAGUCAGUACAGGUCUACGACUAAUUAUCAACAUCAAAGAGCAACACAACCGUUGACCAGUGAUUUGUAACGGGGUUUUUAUUCCCGAUUCCUAAGCGGUUUUUAUUUAUAUUUAUGAUUUUUGAUUUUUGUAACCUAUUCUGAUUUUUCUGUAUUAUAUAAUAAUAAUAUAUUAUGUACAAAUGAACAAAUUUGGCCUAAGACAUCAGUUUCUAUAUGAUCAGUAUUUUGUAUUUUAUUUGUGAUCAUGUUUUGUAGGUAAACGACUGACUGCAAUAAUGUUACAUAUAAAAUUAUACUAUAACUAUAAAUAUAUUAUCUCCAUCAGUCGCCAGUAAACAAAUAAACCGAUUGUGUUUUAUUGAGUUAAAAAUUUGCUUCUGAACAAUAAAUAUCUAAUGUUUUCAUUUUAUAAUAAUAUUAAACGUACAUACGUAUACAGAUUUUA